AUGACGGGCGGAAGAUUCGACUUCGACGAUGGCGGCACCUACUGCGGCGGCUGGGAGGAGGGCAAGGCGCACGGGCAUGGCAUCUGCACGGGGCCCAAGGGCCAGGGCGAGUACUCGGGCUCCUGGUCCCACGGCUUCGAGGUGGUCGGCGGCUACACCUGGCCCAGCGGCAACACCUACCAGGGCUACUGGGCGCAGGGCAAGCGGCACGGGCUGGGGGUGGAGACGAAGGGCAAGUGGAUGUACCGGGGGGAGUGGUCACAUGGUUUCAAGGGGCGCUACGGGGUCCGGCAGAGCCUGUCCACCCCCGCUCGCUACGAGGGUACCUGGAGUAACGGGCUGCAAGACGGGUACGGCGUGGAGACUUACGGGGACGGAGGUACCUACCAGGGCCAGUGGGCCGGAGGCAUGCGACACGGAUACGGGGUGCGCCAGAGCGUGCCCUACGGCAUGGCCACGGUGAUCCGCUCUCCCCUGCGCACCUCCUUGGCCUCGCUGCGCAGUGAGCAGAGCAACGGCAGCGUGCUCCAUGACGCCCCUGCCGCUGCCGCAGACAGCCCGGCUGGCACCCGAGGUGGCUUCGUGCUCAACUUCCAGGCCAACUCUGACCUCUCGGCUGGGAAGAAGAAAGGAGGCCUGUUCCGGCGAGGCUCCCUUCUCGGCAGCAUGAAACUCCGCAAGUCCGAAUCCAAGUCUUCCAUCUCCAGCAAGCGCAGCUCGGUCCGUAGCGACGCGGCCAUGAGCCGGAUCAGUUCCAGCGACGCCAACUCCACAAUUAGCUUCGGCGACGUCGACUAUGAUUUUUGCUUGGUGGCAGACCAUGUGGACGCCACCACCACGGAAACCUACAUGGGCGAGUGGAAGAACGACAAGCGCAGUGGUUUCGGCAUCAGCAAGCGCUCCAACAGCAUGAAGUACGAAGGCGAGUGGGCAAAUAACAAGAGGCAUGGAUAUGGCUGUACGGUGUUUCCUGAUGGCUCCAAAGAAGAGGGAAAAUACAAAAAUAAUUUGUUAAUUAGAUGGAUAAGGAAACAACUAGUGGUGGAGCUCGAACUAACCCAGCUGCGUGAACCAGUUAAUAGACCUGUUCAAGAGAGAGAGAGAGAGACAGUGCGCGCGCGCACGCGAGUGUACAUGGCUAACAUUAAGACUGCGCACGCAAGGGCUAAAGCGGAUGCUGCUGACCAGGCUGCGCUGGCUGCCCGCCAGGAGUGUGACAUCGCGAGAGCUGUGGCCAGGGAGCUGUCGCCUGAUUUCUACCAACCAGGUCCAGAUUACAUCAAGCAGAGAUUUCAGGAAGGUGUAGAUGCUAAAGAAAAUCCAGAAGAGAAGGUACCAGAAAAGCCACCAUCACCAAAGGAAUCACCUCACUUUUAUUGCAAAGGCACGACACCCCCAAGGUCUCCUGAGCCAAGUCCCAAGCAGAGCCAUUUUCCCCAGCCUCCCUGCCCAAAACCCCAGAAGAAGCAAAACAACAGGUCAUGGACAAGACUCAGUUCAUACAGAAGGAGGGUGUCUGACGAGCAAGUGAUGGCCAUUGUCAAUAAGCCCUUGAUGGGAGCAGUCGUCCCCCAGUCCAAGUACUCCGGCCGCCACCACAUCCCCAACCCUGGUAAUGGGGAGCUGCAUUCCCAGUAUCACGGCUACUACGUGAAACUGAACGCACCCCAGUACCCUCCAGAAGAUACGGAGGAAGGCGAGGGGUCUAGUCAGUCCUCUUCAGCACUGGUGCACAAUAAGUGGAGUCCCUCCAAAUCUUUGACAAAACCAGUUGCCAAAGAAAGCAAAGCUGAGCCAAAAGCUAAGAAGUCUGAACUUGCAAUACCAAAGAAUCCAGCAAGCAAUUCGUGCCCUUCUUUGGAAAAAGAAGCCAAUUCAGGCCCUAAUUCAGUCAUGAUCGUCCUGGUUAUGCUGUUGAAUAUCGGAUUAGCCAUUCUUUUUGUUCACUUUCUAACUUGA